UUUCCAUUUCAUCAUCUCUCUCUCAUCUCUCAUCUCUCAUCUCUCAUCUCUCAUCUCUCUAUCCCCCCCGGUCAUGCCAACAUCGGCAGCAUGGCUACUCACUACCCCCUCCCCUCGCCACCAGCAUCCCCCACACCCGACGCCGACGCCGCCGACUCCUCGCCCCUCGCCGACUACUUGGCCCAGGCCGAGCAGUCGUUCGACGACUCGCCACCGGCAGACGACACGACCAUCAGGCGGAGGCGGCCACGCUCGCGCGAACGCAUCGCGCCACUUGCCACCACCCGGAAACUGACAUUGCACCCCAGCGCCAUGUCUGACACUGAGAAUGCCGAGGCAGGGCCGAGCCAUCUCGCGUCGCCAGCGAGGAUAGACUCGCCACCGCGGGACGAGUUCGCCGAGCGUUUCAAGUAUCUCGUCGCAUCGAGCGGGUUGUUGGAGAAGACGCAGAUCGCAAGUCUGGGAACAACAGAUGUCGACGUUACGCCCUCCAAGGCCUCUGUCGCAUCAUAUUCGCACACAGACGCUCCCGGGGCUGCAGGGAUACCCGAGCUAUUGCGGUGGGAUAUCAUCGCUGCCAUCGCGGCGGUCGUCGCGGGGAUCGUGUACAUCCUCGGCCCCGUGGGCAGCGUGAUUCCCGGCACAGCGCUAGCCACGGGCGUCGCGCUAUAUGCGCGAAGAAUUGCCGAAGCCCCCACUGAGGGCGCAGCAAAGGAAGGCAAUGUGCCAGAGGCGAAUCGCGAAUCAUCGGCUCCCGAGCGCGCUGUUCACAACACGACAGGUCGCGCUCGCGUGAUGCGCGGGCUGGAAGGCCUUCUUGACGAGUCUAAGGCGCUUGACCAGACAGUUCUUGCCGCACUCCAGAUCCUUGCGCGACGGCCCGAUGAUACCGACCACGCGCACGAACUCCGCAUCGCGCUGCACCGAUUGUUCGAAGACAUGACGGACAGUCUCGCGACGGCGACUUCGUCGCUUACCACCAUGUGCGACCGCAGCGAGCUGACCGUGCUGAGCAACAUGUACGACGUGCAGCUGGUGGGCGGGCAGCGUCGACGACGCCCGUCGAGCAGCGAUGAAGAGGACGCCAGCCCGUCCGCAAUUCACAAGCACAAUCGUCCACGAGCGGGUUCGUCUGGCCCCAUGUCUCCGCCGGCGUCUCUCCCCGCCUCCUUGUUGUCGCCAACUGCUCGGCAUGCGAGAACACCGAUCCGCGCCCUCGCGCCACCCUUCGACGCGAACGAUCGGUUCACAAAACUCCCGAGCCGCGCGUCUCCGAGGUUCAAUCGCACGAGCUACAGCGUCGAUUGGAACGCGCGUCCACAACGACCAUUUCGGUCAGAGACGGACGUGCGCUCGGACGGCGAGGAGGGUAGUGACAGCGUGCUCUCGGCCGCAUCAACUGAGAGCAGCUGCAUGCCUGCGUCGAUUCCCGACGACAGGUCGCUUGCUGGUGCACUAUCUCCGCCCCUGGUAUUGAAAGGACUUCCCUUCACACCCAAGCGCGCUUCGCCGCUCAUCCAGACGCUCGCGCGGUUAGAGAUGCCCGAGUGGUCAAGGCAGCCGCCCACGCCUUCCUUCCACAGCAUCAGCGCUACACCCGGCCAGUCGCCCUUCCGCCGGUCAUUACAGGACAUUGCAUAUAUACCAUCUCCCCCGGUAUCGAGCCAUGAACAGGCCCAAAAUUUGGCUGUUGCUCGGGCCACGACCUCGAUGUCGAGCGAUAAGCGCCGAUCACUGCAGACUCCGUUUGGGGCCGGAUACCCCGCAAUCGACUACACACGAGACGACGUCGCGUUGGCUACCAGCUCCAACCUCACUCGCACGCGCUCGCUCCCACAUUCUGAUACUGCUCGAGUGCAGCGUGCUCAAACCGCCGCUUCCUCAAUGCGCACGUCGCCUGGGAGUAAUACCACGCGCCCUGAUAGCCCCAGCGGUCUUCGGCGACUGUCCCUUCUCUCGGACCGAACAAGACCCAGUAUACCGAGUACCCCGGGCUCCAAGCGGACAUCCCUCCUCUUCCCCGACGCCAUGACCCGCGACGCAUCAAGCCUCGGCUAUGGACGCUCGCCUCUCCGCCCGCCACCGAUGCAAAGAGGUGCUUCGAUCUCACCUCUUACGCUUGGUGGCCUCAGGGCCUCAUGCCUGGGUGUACAUCUGAAGCGGCGGCGCAUGGCGUGCUGCUUACUCGGCUUGCGCUUCCGGGAGCCCGAAGAGAGCGGAUAUUGGGAUGAGGUGGAUCUCGUGCUACGCGGGGUGAUGGACACGAUGUCCGAGGCCAUCGCUCGCUUGGAGGCACUACGAGCAGAUGCUGAGCGUGAGGCUGCCUCCGCGCAGGCAAUCGCUGCCGCAGCCUCAAAAUCAUACCCUGCCACGCCUCCGCCAAAGCGCGGCCUCAUGUCGCUUCUAGGCAAUCAGGACUUUGCGCCACGCGAUAGCACCGAGCAGGCGGUUUUGAGCAGCAUGGACGACCUGCAGCACCUGCUUGCCCGGGUAUGGGCCAAGACGGAAGAGGUACGCGGGCUUAUUGUUGAUGGCGAGUCGGACCUGUCUAUGGUUUGGGCCGACAUGCGCAACGACAUCGGCAACAUGCUUCGCCACGUCGACCGUAACCGCCUACGUCUCGAGGCGACUACGGACGCGGACAGCCCCGAGCGCGAGGAGACGCCCGUCCCACCCCGGAUCCCCGAGUUUGCGCGUAGCUGGGCUGAGCCUGAGCCCGGACCGGGCCCAGAGGAGAUUGAGCGCCUCGUAGAAGAGGACGACGAGGCGGACACGGCGCCCGACCUCCCUCCAGCUGGAGUGGACGAGGUGUUUGAGGCUCAUAUCCCGGCCGCAGCAACUCGUGCACGCUCCGCGCUCUCCCGCGAGGAGCGGAUCCAGCUGCAGCGUGAAGCGCGGGCGCGGGGCAUGACGAUGGCGCAGCUCGAGGGCGCCAAGGACCCGGCGCGGGCAGUGGAGAUCCAGCGGCAGCUCGAGGCGGAGCGGCUGCGCGCGGUGAGCGGGGAGAUGGUGCAGGAGCUGCAGGGCAUGUUUGGGGCGAUCCGGCGGCGCAAGGGCAUGGACGAGGGUGAUGCAGCGCCGGAGGCGUGAGUAGAUUGUAUUGCAGGUCUAGAUGUGCAUAGACUACUCUGUGCGUAGAGUGUACGGUGCAUGCAGGAUCAUUAACCAGGU